CUGAAUAUGAUGACUCAACUUGUCCAUUUGAGAGCAUUUUUCAGCUUUGGAAAGUUGGGAGUUCUCAGAACAUUGUUUGUGCUCUUAGUAACGUUGAUUGUUUUCGGAUAUUUUGGAGCUUAUUGGGAUGGAAACAAAACGCUUUCCAAUUCUGAUUUCUGGGACACUUCUGAAGAUUUGCAGUCAAUGGAGAUGAUAAAAGAUAGACCGCCAAAAUGGAAACCUGAGUUUCUGGGUCAAGUGAACAUGCACAUCUUUGAAGACUGGUGUGGAGGAUCUGUGGAUCAACUAAGGAAGGACGAAUUGUUUCCUCUGUUCCCCCAUUCACGUACCACAAUCAAAAGGCUUGCUGUCUAUCCUGGAUGGGAAAACUAUGGGCUGAGAAUAUUUGGAUACAUUCAUCCUGUAAUAAGUGGAGAAUACAUUUUUGCCAUUGCUUCUGACGAUAACUCGGAGUUCUGGCUGAGUUCAAAUGAAAGCACCAAAAAUCUCAAACUUAUGGCUUACCUUGGCAAGGCAGGAAAUGAAUGGGCCGCACCAGGGGAAUAUGAGAAAUUUGCAUCUCAGAUAUCUGAGCCUGUAGCGCUCUCAAAAAAGCAAAAGUAUUACUUUGAAAUCAUCUACAAGCAAAGUGAAGAAAUGGAUCAUGUGGAGAUUGCAUGGCGUCUCAACAAAGAGGACAGCAAUUUUGAAGUUAUUACUUCGGAGUAUCUGUCGCUUUACAGUGAUGAGUCUUCUCUAUUGGCAGUGGACAAUAUAAUAAUCCCCCAAACAGCAGCUAGUCAAAGGUUGAGGCCUGACCCCAUCUCUAAUUCUGAAGUGGACAUGGUCAAAGAAGACCCAAGAGACACCAGCUAUAAAAUACCACUGCUGCAGGAGUCCCAUUUGGAAAAUAUAUUUCCUAAAUGUGAUUACUACCCUAUUUACAUAUAUGAGAACUCUACCAUUGAGAGAUACGAUGGUGUAAAUCAUGUUCGCUACUCAUCAGUGUACCCAAAUGACUACACAAGGCUCGCUAAUGAGGACAUUAAGGCUCAGAAAUGCUUUUACGAGAAGGAUAAAGCAUAUGAGGAGGGAGGUGGGUUUGGUCCAUAUCUGAAAUUUGAACAAACAGGAAAUGACGAAGAGCCUGAUAAGGACAAGCCAAACUGGAAGCAGGUCUUCAAUGUAAAGCCGGUGGAUUUUCAUUCAAAACAGAGUGAUUUUGUUGUCCACACCUGCAAGAGAGCAGGAAAUAUCAUAAUGCCCCAAAAAGAUGUCAUGCCUGUAAUUAAAUCCUUCAGGAAUCAACUGCAGUUAAAAGAGAACACCAGUGAUCUGGUCCUGAAACGAGUGAUAAAUGUGGAGAAGAAGACAAAGGCUGGUGUGGGCAGUCGCUACCUGCUGGAGAUAGAGAUGGAAGAUAAAGAGGGGAAGAAUGUUCUUAUCUCUAAAUAUUUUUACACCACAUAUAACAAGAGAUAUCCAGAAUUACCUGGUCUCUGCAACCCAGUAGACUUCGGAUGGGACCCAGAAGUAAAAGUCCAUGUUAUUCUUACAGUUAAAAAUCAGGGAAGAUGGGUUGUGCACUUCAUCAGAGAAAUGGAGAAAGUGUAUCAAGUAACAGGAGACAAAAACUUCAAUGUCAUCAUUGUAGACUACAACAGCACUGAUAUUGAUAUUGAGCAGGAACUGAAAAAUGCUAUAUUACCAAGCUACCAGUUUAUGAGCCUGGGGGGACGUUUUGCCAAAUCGCUAGGAAUUCAAUCUGGAGUUGAUCUUGUUAAAGAUAACAACAGUAUUUUGUUCAUGUGUGACCUGCACAUCCACUUUCCUCCGUCGAUAAUAGACAAUGUGCGUAAACACUGCGUACAGGGGAAAAUGGCAUAUGCUCCCGUUGUGAUGAGACUGGACUGUGGAGCCACAAUACAAGCUCCCACAGGUUUCUGGGAAACUGAGGGCUAUGGUCUGGUGGGGAUUUACAAAUCAGACAUGGAUAGAAUUGGAGGCAUGAACGUUAAAGAAUACACAGACAAGUGGGGAGGAGAAGACUGGGAGCUGCUGGACAGAAUCCUACUGAACAAGCUGGAAGUGGAACGACUGCAUCUGAGGAAUUUUGCACACUUUUUCCAUACAAAACGGGGCAUGUGGAACAAGGAAUGAAGCUUGGACACUUGUUUCUGUUCUGGCUUAUGACAAUAGGCAAUGGUGAAUAUUGUAUUUAGAGUUUGUACAGUACAUUUACAUUUAUGGCAUUUGGCAGAUGUCCGUAUCCAGAGCGACUUACAUUUUAUCUCAUUCUACAUCACAUCUUGUACUACUGUACGUAAAUGUCCUAUAAGAUUUGGGUAAAUAUACUCAUAUUUAUAUUACAUUUUUUAGCCAUUUUUCACGUUUCACAUUUUAGGAUAAUAAUGAUGCCAUAAGAACUAUAAAAAGAGGCUUGGAAUUACACUGUGACCAAAAAGCUUUCAGAUUCUUCACAAAAGCCACCCUGAUUAAAACUUCUGUAUGCUUUCUUUAUUCUUAAGCAUUAGAAUUCUUUAGUAAGUACACUCUACAUUCAGAUGUUUCUGUUACAUUGCAGGAUGCUUGUCAUCAUUUCUCACUUCUCGUAAU